AUGCAUUCAACGUGGCAUCCAGAGGUGAAAUCAUUAGCAAGCUCAGAUGGUGGUGUGUUGCGCCUGCUUGCGAGUUACUUGGAGAACCGCAAGAUCAAGAUAGAACUUGUCGCACUUCUAGCUAGACUGAUACCCAAGAUUGGAGGUUCGCAAGCGAGCGACUUUAGGUUCAGUGGCUUACUUUGCUAUGGUAUUCGCAUCACCGAUAUGAGAAGAGGUCAUGAGGCUGGCAAGUCAAUACUGACGGAUAAAGAUCUUGAGGCAAUUCUAAAUGAUAGUGACUUCUACUUGAGCGAUGAUGAGGAAGAAGUCGUCCCUGAAGUCAAUGACACAAUUGAGGCAAGUGAUGUCGAGGAGGCUGUUCUUGAGCCGCCAGACGCAGAUCCAGUUCCUGAUACCGUUGAAGAGGAGACUGACGAUGAUGUACCUUUGUCCAAAAUAAGAGACCAGCUACGUCAGAAGCACAAAAAAAACAAAAAAACGAGGAAAAAUGGAAAAGAGGAGUUUUUGAAAAUCGAGAAGAAGUCUACCUUGAUCCGGAAUGGCAGGUACAAGAUGAUCAUGAGUAUAGUCAGUCUACUGGAUCAUUUACUGACACAAGGAAUAUUGGGAACGGGAACAAUUAUGAACAACCUGAUUCCACGAGAUUUUAGAAACAAAAUGAAAAAUGAUAAAGAGCUGCUCUCAGAAGGUCGCGGUUCCUUCGACGAAUUCAUAAGAGAAGACAAAAAAUGUACCAUUCUCAAAUGGAUGGACAACAGAUCAGUUACAAUGGCAUCAUCAUCAACAGGUUCUGCACCGCAAACAGACGUACGUCGAUGGGAUAAAAAGAAUUCAAAAUAUAUUCUUGUCCCAUGUCCAAAUUCUGUAACUAGUUACAACCGUUCUAUGGGAGGAGUAGACUUGUGUGAUAGACUAAUAUCUUAUUAUCGAAUCUGUAUGCGAACCAAAAAAUGGCCAGUGAGAGUUUUCUGGCAUUUUAUCGAUCUAUCAAUCACAAAUUCAUGCAUCGAAUACCGACAAGACUGCAACGCUCGUGGAGAUAGGAAAAGCUCAAUCAUGGAUUUACUUGAAUUCAAAUUGUAUAUUGGAAAAUGUCUUGCCCUUGGGGCACAAACAACAGUUUCCCAAGAUCCUAGUCCAUCCACCCCAGAUGAAGAAUCGAGCCGACCUGCUAAAAAAUGCAAGAAGAAAUUUGUGUAUUUCCCCAGAAAGGCAAUGUUUCUUUGA